UUUGCAUUUAUUUAUUGCUGCGAAUCGCAUUGCUCGCAUGUUAGGUUCAUGUUCAUUUUAACCUAAGUCUCGAGCGAGUGUACCCUGUUAUCUUAUACGCUCAGAAUAAUAAAUGAGUACUCAUCGGAUACCUAACGGUCACUCUGUUUGGAGGAACAACGGAUGAUUUCGGGUAGUCGUGAAAGUUUUGCUUCAGUGUAUUAUUCCACUUUUUAACUUACUGAAGACAUGAAGUUGGGUGGGUGUUUGGUCGUCGUAGCAAUAAUAAUGAGUGACGACAGUUCAGCACAGUCUUCUCUGAACUUGGAGACAUGGAUGAGAGAUCUUCCACCACAACUGCAAGAUGUGCCAUUGAUAUAUCUUGCCAUACCAGGUAGUCAUGAUUCAAUGACGUACAGCAUAACACGGUCAAGUGGACUAGCACCCGAUGCUGAGCCGACUUGGAGUAAACUGUACCCACUGUUCCGAGGUACGAUCUUACGCUGGACCAUAACGCAGAAGCUAGAUACCUUGCAGCAACUUCUCAUUGGCAUUAGAUACUUCGACUUGAGACUGGCCACUAAGACAGGGUCAGACAACUUCUUUUUCACUCAUGGCCUAUAUGCGGGUGAGAUUUCUGAACCUUUGCUUCAGGUCCAGAACUUUGUGGACUCACAUCCUGGCGAGGUAGUAAUACUGGACUUCCAACACUUCUACGGGUUCACCCCAGACGACCACAAUCGGCUGAUGCGGUUCCUCCUCAACAUGUACGGACCCAGACUGGUUCCCAGGACACAGGACCUGCCUAGCGUCACGCUCAGCUCCCUCAACAGGUUGCGGCAACAGGUAAUAGUAGUAUACCGCCACCAAGCGGUGUACGCGACAAGCGAGUUCUGGCAGCCGCAGAUGCUGCCGUCGCCGUGGCCACAGCAGGACUCCGUGUCGGGGUUGCUCAGCUUCUUCGACCACGUUCGGAGACACCCAGGGUCUGGCUUCGUGCACCAAGCCGUACUCACGCCUACACCCGCCUUUAUUGUGCUCAGAUGGAUAUCAAAUCUCCGCGAGAAAUGCGCGAAACCAGUUAUUAAAGAGGUGCUUCCAAAGUUGACGGACUUCGCCCCAGGGCCUCCUAAAUAUCAGGAGCCUCCCGUCAGGUCGCCAGUCAACGUCGUCAUCGCAGACUUUGUCGAACUAAAUGACGCCAUCUUCCCGAAAACCAUCAUACAACUCAAUAUGAAGCUGCUGAGAAAUACUGAAAUUGUUUACCAUAACGGUGAGGACUGGAACAUCUGGACACGUCGUCAGUUAGUAACACACCGAAUGAUUCGCAGAUGGACGUGUAAGAGCCUUGUCGCUUCUGUACGUCACCAUUUUUGCUGCCAUCAUCCGUUACAACAUUAACGCUGUCGUCACAAUCUUGUGUUUGCUCUGUUCCCAUGCUUUGAUCAUCUGCGGUUGUGUCCUUAAUGCUUUCUAUGUGUUCGUCUAUAAGGGGAUUGGGAUUUAAUUUAGAAUCUUUAGAAUCAGUAGUGUCUUCACUAUCAUUGUUAACUUCUGGAUUUGGUACCAUAAUUGUAUUAGCUUUAUUUAGAAUAUUAUCUACUUUUACAGUAAGAUGUUGUGUCGUAAAUUCUUUGUUAGCGAUUACAGUAUCUGUAGCUUUA